AUGUCGCAUCCUCUCCACUGGCCUGGCCACAAUAUCUACUACUAUCCAUUAGGCAACACACCGCCAACAUGCCUUACAGAAUAUACUUCGUGCGAUGCCUCGCAAGUAAACAUAUUGCUGAUGGGGUGCGGAGACCCAAGAAACAUCUUGUUCACGCUACUCCACGAUUUCGCCGCACGCCAGCGUUCACUUGAUUUCACUUGCUGCGAUGUGGAACCUGCGGUUUUGGCGCGCAAUGUUAUCCUCUUGACUCUUCUCGUGCAGCACCCGAACGAAUGCGAGACGACGUGGGACAUAUUUUACCACAUUUUCAUUAGCAAGGACACGCAGAAGCUCUUGCACAAACAUUGUCGAGAGCUCUUAGAUUUAUCAGAGGAUCUCGCUUCGUGGGGCGCAAGUCGAUAUGGAUUCAUCCGCUUCUGUGAUUCUCAAACCAUCCAAGAGCUUCGCCGCCACUGGCUCCUCUAUGUCACUGGCUGCAGCGAUUCUCGCACCAAUCAGACUCUCGCGCGCACUUUGCGUAAGGGCAUGGCUGAUGAAUAUUUCAAGACCCGAAGCGCGGUCCAUCUGAACAUCUUGCGCUCGACGGGAAUCGCUCUGCCAGAAGCUCUGUCUAUGGGAGAGGGCCAAUUCGAUCGAUUCUGGACAAACGGGACGACUUACACCGCUGAUACUGCUAUAUCCAAUGCCCAGCUCCCAAACCCGACCUUCUGUUACUCGCUCGCAGGCUCCAGCUUCGCCGUUCACUAUGGAACCCACCCCCUCGCAGGCUUCCAUCUGGCACCCGCUUAUGUCCCCCUUGAAGGGAACCGCCGCCCGAAGAAGGACACUAAACCCACUUUCGAAGGGCUUGUAAAGUUUGCUCGUGGGGAAUUCGGUCGGUGGGGUGGCGCUCUGCGUCGGUUCGUAUCUUCGAACUGCAUCUCUAUCAGUUUAUUUUGCGGAGACGUCGGCGUCUUCUCUGCGUCCUUACAAGCAUACAUAGAGAAUGGCGACGUGGGGGCAUCCAUUCAGGGAGGAAUAGGGGGGUCGACCGUGUUGAACGAGCAACUCUAUUCGCCCUAUGCAAAGCAGCGGUCGUCGAAAUUGUUCGACAUCAUCGAUACAUCUAACCUCGUUGAUCACAUUGGGCUGCUGAACGUACUGUCCUCUGCUAUCCCCCUGCUUCGACACACUCCGAAUGCCGUCUUGGUAACGGAAGCCCUACAUCCGAAAGGGGAGGACCCGUCCAUGGCGUUCCUCUCGCAGCCCGAGCUUGGUGGUAACGCGACCACGAUGUCCUUGCUCCUCGGAAUAUCCCCUCUUGGCACGGUGUCGGGGCUGACAACGUACUCCAACCGCCACGAGAUGAUGUUUCUAACAGCGAGCUCGGGUGAUCCUUCUCAGUUUCACGAACGCGCCGCCUGGCGCCGCACGGCGAUAUCCAGCGACACACAGUCAUACACCCUCGGCAUCUCAGUCCCUCACUUGGCGACGCUGCUUUUCCAUGUCUACCAAAACAUGUUCGUUGGGGAGAACCACGCCACCAUCUUCGCGAGGAUGUCGCUCUCCCCAAUGCGAUCUGACCGCGUCCGUUACGUCCGCGGUUCCUUCGCCGCUCUUCUGCGAGUGAUCCAAGCACGUUUCGCCAUUUCCACUUGGAACUCGGCCGUGACUCUACUUCUAGACAAGAUAGUGAGAGACAGGGACAUACUUAUGGGUAUGAACUUUUUUCAGGAUCUCUAUUGCAACCUCCAUUUCCAUGGCGUGUAUAUACCCCCAGAGGCCUCGCCAAACUACCUCGCCACGCAAGUAGACGGCCUCGAGCUCUUUCGUGGGUGGUCGGCUCGUCCGUCAAUCAUGUCCAUUGUCAUCCAAGUUCCACGCCAUAAGCUGAAGCCUCUGGAAGAAAGCGAAUACCAAACGCCUGUCCUCUAUUGCGACACGUACGGGGGACACAAUAACACAUCCAAUGCCGUAUUCUCCUCGGUCAAGGCCGCCUUUGGGAAGCUUGAUAUCGAGGGUAGCGGCGAGAAUAAGGUGCUCCUAGUGCACAAAGACCCUUUAGGUCUACAAGGCACAUCCGAUUUCAUUGUGUGGUUCCGCGUCCCCACUGCAUUGGUGUUGGGUGUGUUGCCCCUCCUUCGGAAGGUUUGCUUGACCGUUAGGUCGGAGCCUGCUACAAUUUCCCUUGUCCCUCAGCUAGGCUUAGCCCUGCAUCUGUUCAGCACCGCCAUCGAUGACGGAGACCAUGUUCACAUCGCGAAGGGCGCUGUAUUAUAUCCAGGAAAGCCACAGGACAUUCCGAAGCCUAUUUUCCACCUUCAGAUUGAAGAGCGAAACAAAGUCCCCGUUAUCAAGUCUAUCUCAACGAGGGUGGACAUCAUUCAGGACGCCGCCAGAUCUAGCUUGCUCGCCGGCGCGCAAGUUUCUACUACCCAAGUGGAUCCGACAACCACCUCCUUGCAAUUCACCUCGUUCAGCUCAAGGAUCUACUGGCCCCUGGUCAUCGACAAUACUGCGUCCAAAGUCCGCAUUGCCAGAAAGUCGGCAUGGAUAGAAGUUGAGCUGCCUACUGCCUCAUUAGACAUCAAACACAAAAACCUGGCUCUUUCCAACGUCUCGCCGUUGUCCAGGGAUAGGGGCCAAGUCGCUCCAUGGAUUUUUCACCGUGUGAGCCUCGCGAUUUCUCCGAAGAUCGAUCUGUCGCGUUCCCAUGCUGCUGGGUACAUCGCUAUGAAUUCCACCCUCCAGAUGUCCCAACGAGAAAUAGCUAUUCGUCGAGGAACGUCCGGUACAACUGAGGACUCGGAUGCCUUGGUCGAGAUGAAACAUGGCAUCCAUUGCAUGAUCACCGCAGCUUGCGGAAUAGAUGCGCCGAGGCAAAGCUGUGCAUUCACCUUGCGCGCACAGGAUGUCGGGAUAUAUUGCAUCAUCUUUAUCGCUGGUGUCUGCCUCGACCUAUCGGCCCACACCGUCGUAGCAGACGCGUAUGUACUGUCUCUGACGGAAUCCCUCGUCGCCGACAAUGACCGAAUGCCCUAUAUCCUUGCCCGGUUUACAACCUUCCAUAAACAACUUCGAAUCAAUACGUUCCUCCCCACCGAAGUCUCGGGGUGGAAAUGUCUAUUGCCUGCCUUUGCCGAGCGCUGCAGAGACUGGGAGCACACAGACCAAUGCGACUACAUUGUACGCGGUCGCGCACCGUUGAGCGUGGCUGUAAACGAUGAUCCACUCUGCAGCUGUGGUCGCGGUAAAUCUGUUGAUACUUUCCUCUCUAGAUUCCCGGAAUGGAGAGAUCUUGCUCCACUGGUCACUAAGAUUGCUAUCUCGCCUCUCUUCGCUGUAUCUUACCUGGACCAAAUCCUCCCUUCAAGCGACCGUGACCCUGGAACUACCAGUAACUCCCAAUCUCCCGGAGACAGCAUUGGUAUUCGAUGUGGGAAGUGUGGAGGGCCUGGGAAGCCCAGUCUUCUACGUUGCAGCAAGUGUAAAAAUAUACAUUACUGCUCCUCUUCUUGUCAGAAAUCCGACUGGAAGGUUCAUAAAAUAGUUUGUAAAUAG